AUCAUCUCUCAGCAGAAUUCUUAUAUGUGCCUUCCAGGAAUCUCAUCUCUACUAGCCUGGUGUUCUUCAAGGUAGAUAAUAUAGCAGCUUGAGGAGCCAUCAUGGGGGACGGUGAAAUGCAGUGUUUUGGUGAUGCGGCGGUGUACCUCCGGAAGCCGGAGAGGGAGCGGCUCGAGGCCCAGACCAGCCCCUUUGACGCUAAGACCGCCUUCUUUGUGUCUGAGCCCAAGGAGAUGUACCUCAAGGGUGUGCUCCAGAGCCGAGAUGGUGGCAAAGCCACCGUCAAGACUCUUUGUGAUAAGACCCUCACUGUAAAAGAGGAGGAAAUCUACCCCAUGAAUCCCCCAAAGUAUGACAAGAUUGAGGACAUGGCCAUGAUGACCCACCUCAAUGAGCCUACCGUGCUGUACAACCUCAAAGAGCGCUACGCAGCAUGGAUGAUCUACACCUACUCUGGGCUCUUCUGCGUCACUGUGAACCCCUACAAGUGGCUCCCAGUGUACGAUUCCUCCGUGGUGAACGCCUACAGAGGCAAGAAGAGAAUUGAGGCUCCACCCCACAUCUUCUCUAUCUCUGACAACGCCUAUCAGGCCAUGCUCACAGACAGAGAAAAUCAGUCAAUCCUGAUCACUGGAGAAUCUGGUGCAGGGAAGACUGUGAACACCAAGCGGGUCAUCCAGUACUUUGCAACAAUCGCUGUAUCUGGACCCAAGAAAACCGAGCAGGUUGCUGGAAAGAUGCAGGGGUCGCUGGAAGAUCAAAUCAUCGCAGCGAACCCUUUGCUUGAGGCCUAUGGUAACGCCAAGACUGUGAGAAAUGACAACUCUUCCCGCUUUGGAAAGUUCAUCAGAAUUCACUUUGCGACUUCUGGGAAGUUGGCAUCAGCUGAUAUUGAAACAUAUCUUCUUGAGAAGUCAAGGGUGACAUUCCAGCUGUCUGCUGAGAGAAGCUACCAUAUCUUCUAUCAGCUCAUGACUGGCCACAAGCCCGAGCUAAUAGACGCUCUUCUCAUUACCAAAAACCCAUUUGACUAUCACAUGAUCAGUCAAGGUGAAAUCACUGUCAAGAGUAUCGAUGAUGUUGAAGAAUUCAUCGCCACUGAUGUUGCCAUUGACAUUCUGGGCUUCACUGCUGAUGAGAAGAUUGGCAUCUACAAGCUGACCGGUGCCGUGUUGCAUCAUGGGAACAUGAAGUUCAAGCAGAAGCAGCGUGAAGAGCAGGCUGAGCCUGAUGGCAAUGAGGAGGCAGACAAAAUUGGCUAUCUCAUGGGUCUGAACUCUGCGGAUGUCCUCAAGGCUCUGUGUUACCCCAGAGUGAAGGUUGGGAAUGAGUACGUCACCAAAGGUCAAACGUGUCCACAGGUCCAUAACUCAGUGAUGGCUCUCUGCAAGUCAGUCUAUGAGAAAAUGUUCUUGUGGAUGGUCGUCAGAAUCAAUGAGAUGUUGGACACCAAGCAGCCCAGGCAAUUCUUCAUCGGUGUGUUGGACAUCGCUGGGUUUGAAAUUUUUAAUUACAACAGCUUGGAGCAGCUGUGCAUCAACUUCACCAAUGAGAAACUGCAACAGUUUUUCAACCACCACAUGUUUGUACUGGAGCAAGAAGAGUACAAGAAAGAAGGAAUUGAAUGGGAGUUCAUUGACUUUGGUAUGGACCUGGCGGCCUGCAUUGAGCUUAUUGAGAAGCCAAUGGGCAUCUUCUCCAUCCUUGAAGAGGAGUGCAUGUUCCCCAAGGCCUCAGACACCACCUUCAAGAACAAACUGCAUGACCAGCACCUUGGCAAAACCAAGGCCUUUGAGAAGCCAAAGCCAGCCAAAGGCAAAGCUGAGGCCCACUUUUCCCUGGUGCACUAUGCCGGCACUGUGGACUACAACAUCACCGGCUGGCUGGACAAGAACAAGGACCCCCUGAACGACUCCGUAAUUCAGCUCUACCAGAAGUCCUCAGUUAAACUGCUGGCUCUGCUGUAUGCGUCCCAUGCCCUACCAGACGCUGAUGCUGCUAGUAAGAAGGGCGCCAAGAAGAAGGGGGGUUCCUUCCAGACGGUGUCGGCCCUGUUCAGGGAAAAUUUGGGCAAGCUCAUGACCAACUUGAGAAGCACACAUCCACACUUUGUCCGUUGUUUGAUUCCAAACGAAUCAAAAACUCCAGGUCUGAUGGAGAACUUCCUGGUCAUCCACCAGCUGAGGUGUAACGGUGUGCUGGAAGGAAUCAGAAUCUGCAGAAAGGGCUUCCCCAGCAGAGUCCUCUAUGGUGACUUCAAGCAGAGAUACAAAGUAUUGAAUGCCAGUGUCAUCCCUGAGGGACAAUUCAUUGACAACAAGAAGGCCUCAGAGAAACUUUUGGGCUCCAUUGAUGUUGACAGCACUCAGUACAAGUUUGGACACACCAAGGUGUUCUUCAAAGCUGGUCUCCUGGGUGCUCUAGAGGAGAUGAGAGAUGAGAAACUCGCUGCGCUGGUCACCUUGACUCAGGCUCUCUGCAGGGGAUUCAACAUGAGGAAAGAAUUUGUCAAAAUGAUGGAGAGAAGAGAGGCCGUCUUUACUAUCCAGUACAACAUCCGCUCAUUCAUGAACGUCAAAACAUGGCCAUGGAUGAAGGUCUACUUCAAGAUCAAGCCACUGCUGAAGAGUGCUGAGACUGAAAAGGAGAUGGCUCAAAUGAAGGAGACCUUUGGGAAGACCAAGGAAGAUCUUGCCAAAGCUCUUUCAAAGAAAAAGGAGCUGGAGGAAAAAAUGGUUUCCCUGCUUCAGGAAAAGAAUGACCUCCUACUACAAGUUCAAUCUGAAGCUGAAACCUUGUCGGAUUCAGAAGAAAGAUGCGAGGGCCUCAUUAAGAGUAAGAUCCAGCUGGAGGCCAGACUCAAAGAGACGUCUGAGAGACUAGAGGAUGAGGAGGAGGUCAAUUCUGAGCUGACGGCCAAGAAGAGGAAGCUGGAAGAUGAGUGUUCUGAGCUGAAGAAGGACAUUGAUGACCUGGAGCUGACCUUGGCCAAAGUGGAGAAGGAGAAACAUGCCACUGAGAACAAGGUGAAAAACCUCACAGAGGAGAUGUCUUCUCAAGAUGAGAUCAUCGCCAAGUUGACCAAGGAGAAGAAAGCCCUCCAAGAAGCCCACCAGCAGACACUCGAUGACCUCCAGGCAGAGGAAGAUAAAGUGAACACUCUGAGCAAAGCCAAGUGUAAACUGGAGCAGCAAGUGGAUGAUCUUGAAGGUUCCCUUGAGCAAGAGAAAAAGCUUCGAAUGGACCUUGAGCGGGCGAAAAGAAAGCUUGAAGGAGAUCUAAAACUGGCCCAGGAGUCCAUCAUGGACCUGGAGAAUGACAAGCAGCAAUCAGAUGAGAAAAUAAAGAAGAGGGACUUUGAAACAAGCCAGCUUCUAAACAAGAUUGAGGAUGAGCAAACACUUUCGGCUCAAUUUCAGAAAAAGAUCAAAGAACUUCAGGCUCGCAUUGAGGAGCUGGAGGAGGAGAUUGAGGCUGAGCGUGCCGCUCGGGCCAAGGUGGAAAAGCAGAGAGCCGAUCUCUCCAGGGAACUUGAGGAGAUCAGUGAGAGGCUUGAGGAGGCCGGUGGAGCCACUUCUCUUCAGAUCGAGAUGAACAAGAAGCGCGAGGCUGAGUUCCAGAAACUGCGUCGUGACCUGGAGGAGUCGACCCUGCAGCAUGAGGCCACCUCUGCAGCGCUGAGGAAGAAGCAGGCCGACAGCGUGGCUGAGCUGGGAGAGCAGAUCGACAACCUCCAGCGGGUCAAGCAGAAGCUGGAGAAGGAGAAGAGCGAAUACAAGAUGGAGAUCGAUGACCUCUCCAGCAACAUGGAGGCUGUUGCUAAAUCAAAGGCAAAUCUUGAAAAAUUGGCUCGUACCCUUGAGGAUCAACUGAGUGAGCUCAAGAGCAAAAAUGACGAGCAUGUCCGACAACUUAACGAUCUAAGUGUGCAAAGGGCAAGACUGCAAACAGAAAAUGGUGAAUUCGGCCGCCAGCAGGAGGAGAAAGAAGCGCUUAUUUCUCAGCUGACACGAGGCAAGCAGGCUUACACUCAGCAGAUUGAGGAGUUGAAGAGACACAUUGAGGAGGAAGUCAAGGCCAAGAAUGCCCUCGCCCAUUCAGUCCAGUCGGCUCGUCAUGACUGCGACCUGCUCCGAGAGCAGUUUGAGGAGGAACAGGAGGCCAAGGCUGAGCUGCAGCGGGGGAUGUCCAAGGCCAACAGCGAGGUGGCUCAGUGGAGGAGCAAAUACGAGACUGACGCCAUUCAGCGCACUGAGGAACUGGAGGAAGCAAAGAAAAAGCUUGCCCAGCGUCUUCAGGAUGCAGAGGAGGCUGUAGAGGCCACGAAUUCCAAAUGUGCCUCUCUGGAAAAGACUAAACAGAGGCUGCUUGGUGAGGUGGAAGACCUGAUGAUUGAUGUGGAGAGAGCUAAUGCUCUGGCUGCCAACCUUGACAAGAAACAGAGGAACUUUGACAAGGUUCUUGCUGAGUGGAAGCAGAAAUAUGAGGAAAGCCAGGCUGAGUUGGAGGGAGCUCAGAAAGAGGCUCGCUCUCUGAGCACUGAGAUGUUCAAGCUGAAGAACUCCUAUGAAGAAUCUCUGGACCAGCUUGAGACCCUCAAGAGGGAGAACAAGAACCUGCAGCAGGAGAUCUCUGACCUGUCUGAGCAGAUGGGAGAAACUGGUAAAACCAUUCACGAACUUGAGAAGGGGAAAAAGACUGUAGAGGUUGAGAAGUCUGAACUGCAGACAUCUCUGGAGGAGGCAGAGGCUACCUUGGAACAUGAGGAAUCCAAGAUUCUUCGUGUUCAGCUGGAGCUUACUCAGAUCAAGGGCGAGGUUGACCGGAAGAUGGCAGAGAAGGAUGAGGAGAUGGAGCAGAUCAAGAGGAACAGCCUGAGGGUGAUCGACUCGAUGCAGAGCAAUUUGGACUCAGAGAUCAGGAGCAGAAACGAUGCCCUGAGAAUCAAGAAGAAGAUGGAAGGAGAUCUCAACGAGAUGGAGAUCCAGUUGAGCCACGCCAACCGCCAGGCUUCUGAAGCCCAGAAACAACUUAGAAACGUCCAGGGACAGCUUAAGGAUGCCCAACUGCACCUUGAUGAUGCCCUGAGAGGACAGGAAGACAUGAGGGAGCAGGUUGCCAUGGUGGAGCGCAGGAACAACCUGAUGUUGGCUGAGAUCGAGGAGCUGAGAGCAGCCCUGGAGCAGACCGAGAGGGGCCGCAAAGUGGCAGAGCAGGAGCUGGUGGACGCCAGUGAGCGUGUGGGACUGCUCCACUCCCAGAACACCAGCCUCAUCAACACCAAGAAAAAGCUGGAGACCGACCUUGUCCAGAUCCAAGGAGAAGUGGAGGACACGGUUCAAGAAGCCAGAAACGCAGAGGAGAAGGCCAAGAAGGCCAUCACUGACGCUGCCAUGAUGGCGGAGGAGUUGAAGAAGGAGCAGGACACCAGCUCUCACCUGGAGAGGAUGAAGAAGAACCUGGAGGUCACAGUGAAGGACCUGCAGCACCGUCUGGAUGAAGCUGAGAGCCUGGCCAUGAAGGGAGGCAAGAAGCAGCUCCAGAAACUGGAGGCUAGGGUUCGUGAAUUGGAGACUGAAUGUGAGGCUGAGCAGAGGCGGGGGUCGGAGGCCAUCAAGGGAGUCCGCAAAUAUGAGAGGAAAGUAAAGGAGCUGUCAUAUCAGUGUGAUGAGGACAAGAAGAACAUCUGCAGACUCCAAGAUCUGGUGGACAAGCUGCAGCUGAAGAUGAAGGCCUACAAGAGGCAGGCUGAGGAGUCUGAGGAGCAGGCCAACACCCACCUGUCCAGGUACAGGAAGGUUCAGCACGAGCUGGAAGAAGCUCAGGAACGCGCUGAUGUUUCUGAGUCCCAGGUCAACAAGCUGAGAACCAAGAGUCGUGAAUUUGGCAAGGCCAAGGAUGCUGAGGAAUGAGAAAAAAACUAAGGUCAUAGCAGGAAGUCAUACAAUAUGAAUAUUUUGUUAGGUGUCCACUGCAGCAUGUGAAGUACACAUUCAUUCAAUCAAUAAAAGUAGGUUUGAUUGCA